GACGAACCCGUCCGCGCCGUCAACACCAGGACGCCAACACCAUCACGCAGCCGCUCCUUCCCAUCUCGCGCGACAGACUGCGCAUCGCAUCUCAUACCAAUACCGCCCAGUCAGAGCUCGCCCGUCUGUCCUCGAUCUCAUUCCUCGACCCUCGGCCCGCCGCCCGCCCGCCCGCCCGGGCUCAACGCGCGUCAUGAAUCCCGCCCAGGGCCAGCAGGGCCAGCCGGGCCAGGCAGCCCAGCCGGGCCAGUCCGGGGCGGCUCCGCAGCCGCAGCAGCGGCCUCCCAUGUACCAGCCGCAGCAGAUCCGCAACCUGCCCAUGCUGAGCGAGGACGAGAAGAACAAGUACGAGGCCGGCCUCCGCGGGCUGUGGAACAAGGCCAACAGCUCGCCGGCCGGGAGCAACGACCAGAACGCCGCCAGGAUGAAGAUCAUCGAGUUCUCCCGGAUGCUCAUCACCAAGAUCCAGCAGCGCCGCAGCCAGAUCCAGCAGCACCAGCAACAACACGUCGCCCAGCAGCCGGGCCAGCAGCAACAACAGCAGCCGGCCCAGACACCGGUCCGGCCGCCGUCGGCGCCGCAGCCGCCGCAAAAACGUCCCCAGCCGCCGCAGACGCAGCCAGCCCAGCCGGCACAGACACCGGCGCAGACGCAGGCGCAAGCGCAGGCACAAGCCCAGCAGCAGCAGCAGCAGCAGCAACAACAACAACAAAACAAGGAGCAGGCGAGUGCCGGCGCGCCCCAGGGCGAAGGCUCCGCGGCCGCAGCCCCGACGCCCGCGCAGACCGCCACCGCUGCCGCCGCCACCGCUCCCCCCGCGCAGCGGCUCAAGUUCCCCGACCACAUCAUGCAGCACAUGAACCGGCUCAACAUCCGGCCGCCGCCGAGCAUGGCGGGCAAGACGCCGGCCGAGGUCGCCAAGUGGACCGAGGACAUGAGGGACCGCUAUGGACGGGCCCUGUGGACCAUGGAAAACGGCAAGACCAAGAUCGCGUCCAUCGAGAAGCACAUCAAGGACAGAGCCGCCGCGGGCAACCCGCUCAAGGAGGACGAGGCGCGCCAGCUGCAGCAGCGCAAGGAGCAGCAGGCCAAGCUGUACACGGACGCGCACAAGUGGGUGGAAACGUUCAGGAAGACCCAGGAGAGCCUCCAGCCAAACACCCAAGGAGGCCAGAGCGGCGCCGCGGGAGCUGCUGCCGCGGGUCCCGCCGCCGCCGCCGCGCAGCAGGCCACGCCGGUUCCGGCUCCGACCAGGCCGCAGCCGCCGAACCAGGGCGGCGCGGCGACGCCCGCAAAGGCGGCGCUCGAGGCGGCCAAGCAUCAGCAGCAGAUGGCCGCGGCGAGUCGGGCCUCCCCGGCCAACGGAGCCCUCGCGCCGGCCCAGGCACAGGGGCAGCCCCGACCUACGCCCCCAAACGCCGCCGCCGCCGCCGCUGCCCAGCAGCCCACGCAGGCGCCGCCGCCCACGCAGGCUCAACCGCAGGCUCAACCGCAGGCGCAAAAGACGGAGCAGGCGCACCCGCCGCCGGUCAACACGGCCCUCGCAUCGACCAUGGCCGCGCAGGCGCAGGCGCAGGCGCAGCAGGCGCAGACGCAAGCGCAGACGCCCGGGUCGCAGGCACAGGGCGCCGCGCGGGUGCAGACGCCGCAGUCGUCGACGCCCGCCACGGCCGCCGGGCCAACGCGCGCACUCAGUCACUCGGCCGCCAUGUCACUCGCGAACCAGAGAGCCGCCGGAAGCACCCCGGGCAGCGCACCCGUUCAGCAGCAGCAGCCUGGCGUCGGCACCCCAACGUCGGCGACGGGACCUAUGAAUGCCAGCGCCGUGCAGCAGCAGCAGCAGCAGGGUCACCCCCACGCACACCCGACACAGCAGACAGGCAUCCAAGCAAAGAUGCCCAUCUCCAAGCAGCUCCCGGAAAAGGCCACGGCCGUGCCGCAGGGCGUGACGCUGGGAGGCGGCGUCAGCGCCGGCCGACCGACCAUGUCGCAGGGCACGGGCACGCUCGGCGGCGUUAUGAACCAGCCGCCCGUGGCCCGCAUCCCGGCCUACAACCACGACGCCGAGGGCGACCACGUGCUCAGCAAGAAGAAGCUCGACGAGCUCGUCCGGCAGGUGUGCGGCGGCACGGGCGAGGGCCAGGAGGGCAACCUCUUGUCGCCCGACGUGGAAGAGAACAUCCUCAACAUGGCCGACUCGUUUGUGGACAACGUGCUGCACUCGGCGUGCCGCAACGCCAAGGAGCGCGGCUCCAAGGUGCUCGAGAUUCGCGACAUCCAGCUGAUCCUGGAGCGCACGUACAACAUCCGCGUCCCGGGCUACUCGUCGGACGAGCUGCGGACGGUGCGCAAGGUGCAGCCGUCGCCGGGCUGGAUCGCCAAGAUGAGCGCCGUGCAGGCGGCCAAGGUGAUGCCGGGCAAGGGGGAGCUCUGAGCACGACGUGCGUGGACGGUUUGCGACUGGGGCUGGACACUGGCGUUUUGGAGCGGGACGGCUGGACUGGGCUACGGCUCUACUUUACGAGGGCGAUGGCGUUGACCGUUUAGAUUGCAGAGGCGAUCAGGAGUCCGAAGCUGAUUUUGGCAUGCCCCGUCUGGCCAUGCGAUG